CGACAGGGGAUAGUAGAGGCGACACAAUGCUACGCAAGGUUUCCCAUCAUAGUGUCACAGAGAGUUUUGGUGCGGCCAUCUCCAGCCUUAACGCAGUUCACCUGACAGAUACUGUGAUCCACAGGAGUAAGAGGAUGAUGCUGGACACAUUGGGAGUGGGGCUCUUGGGGACCAGUACAGCGGUCUUCAGCAAGGCUCUCCAGUACAGCCAGUUCUUCAAAUCAGUGGAGAGGAGCAGUGUGUGGGGAAGAUCAGGGAUGACACUGCCACCCCAGUAUGCUGCCUUCGUCAACGGCAUAGCGGUGCACUCUAUGGACUUUGAUGAUACGUGGCACCCUGCAACCCACCCCUCUGGGGCCGUGCUCCCUGCCAUCCUGGCCCUGGCAGAGACUCUGCCCACCCAGACAUCUGGCCUGGACCUGCUGCUGGCCUUCAACGCAGGCAUCGAGGUGCAGGGGCAACUCAUGAGGUUCUCCAAGGAGGCCCACAAUAUACCUAGAAGGUUCCACCCUCCUGCUGUUGUGGGAGUGAUGGGCAGUGCAGCAGCUUCAGCUAAGCUCCUAGCCCUCUCCCCAGCCCAGUGUGUCCACUCUCUGGCUAUCGCUGCCUCCUCCGCGGGGGCCCCCAUGGCCAAUGCAGCUACCCAGACCAAACCCCUCCACACUGGCAAUGCCGCCCGCAGAGGCCUAGAGGCCGCCAAGCUCGCCCUGCUGGGGCUGGAGGGAAGUCAGGCCAUCCUGGAUCUCGAGUCCGGCUUCGGGGUCUUCUACUCAGACUACAGUCCCUCGGAGCUCCCUGGGACUAAUGGUGGUUGUGGUGGUGGGUUUCGAUGGGUUUUGGAGGAGCAGGACGUGGCCAUCAAGCGCUUCCCGGCCCAUCUGGGAAUGCACUGGGUGGUGGAUGCCGCCUUGGAAGCCCGGGCUAAGCUUGGAGCAUCCGGAGAACCUGACCUCUGUAAGGUCCAGAAGGUGGUGCUCCGAGUGCCUCCCUCCAGGUACAUUGACUGCCCCUUCCCGGCCAUGGAGCACCAGGCCAGGCAUUCAUUUCAGUUCAAUGCCUGCUCAGCCCUGCUGGACAACCAGGUGUCCGUGAACUCCUUCAGCGGGCCUCAGAUAGACAGGCCGGCCUUGAGGGAGCUCCUGGCCAAGGUCAGAGUCGAGAACCCCCAAGACAACCACCCCAGCUUUGACAAGAUGUACUGCGAGGUGACAGUAGAGAUGGAGCAUGGGGAGAGUGUCACAGCCAGGUGUGAUACCUUCUACGGCCACUGGAGGAAGCCAUUGAGUCAGGAGGACUUAGUUGGGAAAUUCGAGGCGAACGCCUCCACUGUGCUUAGCCAAGAAGCUGUGGAGAGUGUUGUGGACAUUAUAGGGAAUAUAGAGAAGUGCCCGGACUGUACGGUGCUGAGAUCAUAUCUGCAGAUGAGCAGGCCGACAACCCAUCUCUUCAGAGAACACCUUGGCUAACCAAAAUCCCAACACUCUCUCAAAUCCCAUUUGCAUUAUCCCUUGUCGAACAGCCGUGACAGGAUUACAUUCCCCAACACAGGCCUUGAAUUUAUUGCAAUCACACCUGGUAUUAAAAUGCAUGCACUCUGGCUGCACUCUGUCUGCAUUGUGUUCGGAUCUCACUUUUUCCUCCCAUUUAUGCAACUUAGUUUGUGGUCACAAUUCAAGAAGUAGACCUAAAUUAAAUAUAGCCUAUACAUCACAUGGUCUUGUGGUGCUUUCAUUGUUUUGUCAGAGGCCCAUUUCCAUUUUAUAAUGCUUGGCAUGACUGUAUCUGUACAGCAGACCGUCGGAUACAGUAUAUUCACCUCCAUUGGAGUUGUUACAAAGGAGGAUAUAAUUGUACUUUUUUUGUCACUGAUCUACACAAAAUAACUCAAUGUCAAAGCGAAAAGAAAAUUGUAUACAUUUGUACAAAUGAAUAAAAUG